AUGGACCCAAUAUUAGAAAAUGAAUCAGCCACCGCCGAAUCUCCAGGAAAACAUAGCAAAUCCAAACACAAACACAAAAAGAAGAAAGGCCAUCUAGAAAUGCAAAAAGAUAACCAAACUGUUGUAGGAGAACGUAAAAAAUUCGUCGUAACUAAACUUUCAGCUUCGGAAGACCAAGAAGCGGGUAGCAGUCGAGUACGCGAUAGCAACGUGCAUACUGUUCAUUUUGGAACUCGUGGAGCAGAAUCACAACGUCCGCAUGUAAGAUCAAUUUUUAAAGAUAGGCAUACUGAUACAGUGCGCUCUGCAAGCGCUGAAAGGGACUCAGGACCUAAAAAAGAAUAUGAAACAUUUCAUGGAACAUCAACUAGUCCAAGGAGUUCUAUUUUUGACAUUUUUCGAAUUAGGAGAAAAAGCGAUGCCAAAAAACAUCAAUCUCUAAUGCAGAAUGUCAAAGACGCUCUUGCAUCUAAACCAGCAGAAUCUCCAGAUACAUCCAAGGAUGACAAAGCUCCUGAUUCAAAAGAGUCUCAUAAAAAGUACUAUUAUACAGUGACGGGAGUAUCGUCUCGAAAAUAUAGUCCGAUAACUAGAGUCAUGGAUAUAUUUAGAAGUAAACCUUCAACAUCAGAGUCGUCUUCUGUUGACACUAAUAAAAAGAAAAUAUCAAAGCAGAUUCGACGAUCUUCUUUAGAUACUACUUCACCGACAUAUCAUAAAAACUCUUACGCCUCCCUUGAUCCACUACAAGCGAAACAGUUAUUUAGAGAAAUUCGCGGACUUCCUAAAUAUGACCCUUAUUUGUCUAUUGUUCAAAUUUCUUUGGGGGGAAGAGAUAAGACCAGGCUCCUACUAAAUUUUUUCAAGUACCACCGUUGUUAUGAGAUAUUACCAAAGUCAGCAAAAGUUAUCAUAUUCGAUACUCAAUUCUUAGUUAAGAAAACUUUUCCGACUCUAGUGUCUCAUGGAAUAAGAUCAGCGCCGUUGUGGGACUCCAGUAAGAAAUUACUUGUAGGUAUGAUAACAGUUACUGAUUUUAUAAGGAUCCUUUUACAUUUUGAAAACGAAAAUUUACCUAUGGAUGACUUAGAAAAUCACACACUACAUACUUGGAGAAAAUUACUGCGUGCUACUAGAAAGCCUUUAUGUAGUAUUGGCCCCGAUCAAUCAUUACACGAAGCUAUAAAUUUACUCAUAAAACACAGAGUUCAUCGUCUUUUAAUGAUGGAUCCAGGAUCUGGUGAUGUUCAAUAUAUUCUGUCCCACAAGAGAAUAUUGAGAUUUUUGUUCGUGUAUUUAAAUGAAUUUCCUGAAUUAACAUUCUUUCAUAAAAAACUUAUAGAUUUAAAAAUAGGAACAUUUGAUGAUAUAAUAUCUGUUACUGACACUACGUCCGUUAAAGAUGCUUUUCAGCUAUUAUUAGAAAAUAAUGUUUCUGCUUUGCCGAUAUUAGAUGAUAAUGGUAUUCUUGUUGAUGUCUAUGCUAAAUAUGAAGUAUUAAAUCUGGUUAGUGAAAAAUUAUACUUGAACUUGUCAUUGACCAUCGGGGAAGUGAGAACAAGAAGGAAAGACUGGGAGGAAAAGCUACAAAAAUGUUUUUCAAGUAUCACUUUGUAUGAGGCCUUAGAAGUAAUUGUAAGAACGGAGAGCCAUCGACUAUUGCUAGUGAAUAAGGAAGAUAAACUCGUCGGAAUUGUUUCUUUAUCUGACAUUUUAGUAUAUUUAAAUAGGAUUAUACCACCUGAGAAAAAAGUCUCUUCGCUUCAAGAAAUUUUUAGACCUUUAGAAGAGAAUAAAGUUCCUGAGGCAGCGAAAGAAAGUGAUAGCGAAGUAAUUACCAUCGAAGUACCAAAAUUGGAAACUCAACUUAAUGUACCUGAGGAAAACAACGCCGAUUUGCAAUCAAACGUUGAAAACGUUGGUUCUGUGAAUUUAGCAUCAGAUGAAAACUUGACAGAGACUGAUAUAAAUACUAGUCCCAAAUGUGAAGAUGUUGCCUCACCCUUAGUUAAUGUAGAUGAAGUUCACAAAUCGCGAAAUAGUAUCGUAGAAGAAAGUAACGGAGAGGAAUGA